AUGGUUGUGUCAGGUAUUGCCAACUGGGCGGUGUUGUUAUGUCCUAGGUUGGUCAUGCGCCUUAAUGGAUCCUUCUCCAAGGCGUUGAAAAGGCACAUUACCCUUCCGGCUAUGCAUUCCACAAACAAGAACGUACCACCCAAGCUUUUCGGCCUUCCCCAUGGACUCCUUCCUACCCGAGCCGAGUCAUUGAUUAUUUUUCUGUUCUGGGUGUACAUGAUUUUGGGAAGCAGUAUUGGGUUCCAUCACGUCAGCGGCAACCCUAUCUGGAAGAGGCCUAUGGGUGAAAUAGGACGACUCGUCGCUGAUCGGGCGGGUAUGUUGGCGCUCUUUGUGUAUCCAAUGCUGAUUUUGUUUGCGUCAAGGAACAACGUCUUGAUGUUCUUCACCCGAUGGAGCUAUGCCAGAUUCAAUACCUUACACAGACACAUGGCUCGUAUCUUUUUUGCAUUGGUUAUUACUCACGGAACCGGCAUGACUAUUAACUCAUUUGGAAUUUCGUCAACAAAGUACAAGACCAGGUUACAAGAGGGUUACAUCUUGUGGGGUGUUGUUGCAGCGAUUUUCAUGGGGUUCAUGUUGGUUCAAUCCAUACUCGUCUUGAGAAGAAAGUCCUACGAGGCCUUCUUGAUGGUGCACAUUUUAUUUGCGAUUGUUAUUAUGAUUGGCAUCCACUACCACAUCAACUCCUUUGGUUACCAGGGAUUUACCUGGGUCACCAUCGGUAUUUGGGGAUUGGAUAGGGUAAUUAGAUGGGGCCGCAUGUUUAGCUUUGGUGUAAAUGAGGCGAGCGUUACGUUAGUUGCCGGCGAAACCUUGAGGGUGACGGUGUCAAAGCCAAAACACUGGAACUCUCAACCUGGUCAGCAUGCGUUUGUGUCCUUCAUGAUGCCAGCUUGCUUCUGGCAAUCGCACCCAUUCACCGCGAUUUCCUCCAACGAGAAUGAGCUCAGUUUUGCUAUCAAGGUCAAAGGUGGUGUCACCCUGAGCUUGUACAAGCACUUGGUUUCCAUGCCUUCUCAGACUGCAACCAUCAAGGUAUGUAAGUACAGCCAGUCGUUGUUGAUGGCGUCGGGUAACGGUAUUCCCGGUAUGUACGAUCAUGCCAUGAGAUUGGCCAAUACCAGCUCGAAGCACUCGGUUAAAUUGGUUUGGGUGAUCAGAAGUUACAAGCCUCUUUCUUGGAUGUACGAAGAGAUGAAGAAGUUGGGUGACACCAAGGUUGAGACCAUUAUGUACGUCACCAGACCAGAUGAUUCUUUAGAUUACACUAAUGAGACUAAUGCGUCAGACUCGGAAAACAAGUCUGGUGAAGGCAAGGAUGAGGCAAAUGAGAAGUCAUGCUUGAGCAGGGUGCAAAGGUUACAGAAGGGUUUGCCACACAUAGAGUUUAAGGAGGGCAGACCAGACAUUGAUUGUGUCAUCAAGGAGGAAUUCACGCAAGCUGGGGGUAGUGUUGCGGUUGUCGCUUGUGGUCACGAUAGCAUGGUUGAUGCAAUCAGAUAUGCGGUUGUGCACAACUUAGAUGCCACUUCUCAUCGUGUCGAUUACUUUGAGGAAUUGCAAGUUUGGGCAUAA